AUAAUACCUCAAAUUGAGUUAUUCUAAACAUUUUCAGGCAUGACAAAUAUUUCAGCUUCGAGAAAAGCAGGUAUGGAAAAUGCAGUACGUUAUUUGAAAGACCUGAUAAAAAAGUCGACAAGUGUUCAACGCUCUGACCAGUUUUUGGCAGAUGCUAAUUGGCUCUGGGUAGAGGUGCACACAAACUUAAAGAAUCCUUACAGUGGAGAUUCUGAGGAUCAUAUUCAAGAGUUUGAUAUUGGAGGUUUUCAGAGGACUGUUUGUCCUGAUUGUAAAGAACACAAGGCUGUUGUUCCAGCUCAAGAUAUAAUUGAAGAGAUGAAGGAGGAAGUACGAUUGAGAGUAAUCAAAGUUGAAAAGUCCUUGGCUUCUGCAGAUGGGGAACUAUUGGAAGGAAGGAAAACAAAAGAGUCAGAGAAGGAUGUAGAUGACAAGGAGGUUAUAGUCAUAGGUGAUUCCUUGAUAAGGCAUGUGGAUAGAAUAAUCUGUAGGGCAUAUAGAUUUGGAAAUGUUAGAGUUAAACCAUGA